CUUAGAAGCGAAGCGGGUAUGCCCUAGUGUUAUCCUAGGCGGCGUUUAUAGCAUUACCUUCGCUCCAAGCCUAAUCCCAUCCCAAUCAAUAAAGCAAAAACUAGGGUUUUCCCAAACAGAAAAACAAAAAAACAGAGUAGUACUAAUUUAUACCUGUUAUUUUUAUUCACGUAAGAUCUUCAAGUUUUGUUCUUUGGAAUCAAUCAAUUAUGCCUCCAAAAGCAGUGAGAAAGACACCGACAGGAUCUGGAUCCAAAAGAGGUGGCCGUACUGCUCGUGGUACACCAAAAUCUCAGGCAAAAGCAGUAAUAUUAGAGGAAACAAUGAAAGAAGAGGAGAAAGAAGAGAAUAAUAAUAAGGAUAAGGCUGUGGAGAUUAAACCAGAAGUGAAAGUGGCAGAGGAGAAAACGGUGAAAUUGAAGGAACCGGAACCCGAGGAACGGGCUGAAACUGCGUUGAAUAAGAAAGAUGACAAGAAGGUGGACGAUGUGAAAGAGUCAGUCGAUCAAUAUGAAAAGGGUGAGCGAUUAGAUUUGGAGGAUAAUGACCCUGAGUAUGACCCUGAAGAGUAUGGAACAGUUGAUUAUGAUGAGAGAGGAAUUGAAAAUGAUGAUAUUCAGGAAGAGGGAGAUGAAAUAGAGGAAGAACCUGAAGAGGGAGAUGUUGGUGAAGAGGAAGAGGGUAAUAUGGUUGAAGAGGAUGUUGAAGAUGUGCACGAGGAAAUUGAGGGUGAUGAAGAAGAUGAGCAUGCUGGGGAGGAGCAUGCUGAGAUGGUUGAUGCAGCCGAGGAGGAAGAACAUCAUGAAGUUGUUAAAGAAAGGCGUAAGCGGAAGGAAAUUGAAAUAUUUGUUGGUGGCUUGGACAAGGAUGCUACUGAGGAUGAUCUCAGGAAGGUCUUCAGUAAAGUUGGCGAGGUUACCGAAGUGAGGCUUAUGAUGAAUUCUCAUACAAAGAAGAAUAAAGGAUUUGCAUUCCUGCGAUUUGCCACUGUGGAACAAGCAAAACGAGCUUGUACUGAGCUGAAAAAUCCAGUGGUCAAUGGCAAACAGUGUGGUGUCUCUCCAAGUCAAGACAAUGAUACUUUGUUUUUGGGUAACAUAUGCAAGACCUGGACAAAAGAAGCUUUAAAAGAGAAGCUGAAGCAUUAUGGUGUUGACAAUAUUGAGGAUUUGACGUUGGUGGAAGAUACUAAUAAUGAGGGAAUGAAUCGAGGAUUUGCUUUCUUGGAGUUCUCUUCACGUUCGGAGGCCAUGGAUGCUUUUAAGCGGUUACAAAAGAGAGAUGUUACGUUUGGAGUUGAUAGGCCCGCAAAGGUUUCUUUUGAGGAUUCAUUCAUUGAUCCUGGGGAUGAAAUCAUGGCACAGGUUAAAACAGUGUUUAUUGAUGGUCUUUCUGCAUCCUGGGACGAGGAUCGUGUGCGGGAGCUUCUUAAGGAAUAUGGGAAGAUUGAAAAAGUUGAGCUUGCCAGAAAUAUGCCUUCAGCUAAGAGAAAGGACUUUGGAUUUGUUAGCUUUGACACCCAUGAUGCUGCAGUUACAUGUGCUAAAAACAUUAAUAAUGAGGAAUUGGGUGAAGGAGAUAACAAGGUUAAAGUUAGGGCCAGAUUAUCAAGACCCCUUCAGAGGGGCAGAGGGAAAUAUGGCGGACGCGGAGAUAUGCGACCUUGGCAUAUGCCUAUGCAUGGUCCCCGUGCCCCUUGGGGUCGUAUAGUGCCACGUAGUCGCUCUAUUCGAGGGACUAGAGUUAGUACACGUGUGCCUCCAGUAGUUGGUCGUGGUUUCAAACGACCUGCAACAUUGAGAGAUAGACGGGCAGUGAUGGCUUUGCCUCCUAGAGGAAGACCAGCUCCACCACCUAGCAGGUCAUAUGACCGGAGACCACCUGUUCCCGCAUAUGCAAAGAGUAGCUUCAAGAGGGAGUAUGGACGGCGUGAGGAAAUCCCUCUUCCCAGAAGCAGAGCAAUAGCUGAGUAUCCUUCGAGGGUUCAUUCUGACAGACGUGCAUCCUAUAGGGAUGAAUAUUCUUCCCGUGGCUCUGGUUACCCUGAAUUGCCUAGAGGUACUCACUCUGCAGCAAGGAGAGCUUAUGUUGAUGAUGGAUAUGGGCAACGGUUUGAAAGGCCCCCUCCAUCUUACCGUGAGGGACGUGGUCGUGAAUAUGAUUCUGUGUCUGGUUCAAAACGGCCAUACACUGCAGUGGAUGAUGUUCAUCCCCGCUACGCUGAGGCAGGAGUGAGGCAUUCUCGUGCUCGUUUGGAUUAUGAACUAGGCAGUGGAAGUGGCUCCCAAUAUGGAGAUGCAUAUGGUGACAGUAGACUUGGUAGAUCAAAUCUUGGAUAUGGUGGCAGCAGGAGCUCCCUUUCUGGUCAAGAUUCUCAUGGGAUGUAUAGCAGUCGUCAGGGUAUGGGCUACGGUGGAGGCUCCUAUGGUGGAACUGAUGUAGGUGGAAUGUAUUCAUCCAGCUAUGGUGGUGAUUACAUGUCUCGAGGCAGUGAUGUUGACGACUCAGUUUAUUCUAGUCGGGGUGUGGGUGGUGGUAGUUAUAUGGGAAGUGGCGGUUCUGGAUCUUACUACUAACUAAGGUGAUUUAGUUUUAAAUGAGGGAAAAUGACUGUAUUUUGAUGGCUUGAGAAAGAAAGCAUUCAUGAUUGUCAUGGGCCAAAGUUACCCAUUACCUAAUUUUUAUCCUUGAGAAGAGUGAAAUUGGAUUGUUGUAACUGCUCCCUGCAAUUGGUUUAGAUGAGGGAAUGCGAAUGUUGUUGCUGCCAUGGUCUGUUGAUUGGCAGCUGAUAAGUUCUUAGCAUUGGAUAGGAAAUUGUGAUAUCUGGUGCUUAAUUCCUUGCAGCUUGUGAGCCGUUUCUGCGAGUACGUUAUUGGUCAUUGCUUAUGUGUGGCCUGAUGCCUGAUUGCUUUCAUUUGGUUACAUCACGAGUAUCAUCCCUUUUUGACUAAGCUUUUGGGUAGUUUGUUUGCACAGUUUCGGUUUAUGUAUUUCUGACAGCUUAAACUGCAGAGGAAUUUUGAGAGAACUAGAUAGUGCACAAAUUUUGGUCUAUCCUAAAAACAUGAGGAUAAACACAAUUUGAAGAUAUGCAGUUUGGUAUGAUCUGUGUUCUUUCAUUAUCUGUAAUACACUCUAAUACGAAAGCUCGCUUACGACAGAAAGUUAUCCUUGGAAUAAGUGUAUGCUAAUCUUUUGAGUUCCUGGGGAUGAGCCAACACUGAUUUGUUAAUGCAGUGGGAGUUAGCAAUUUGCCCCAACUAGAAUUAUGCUAUAGGGAGGCAUUUCAUGUCCUGCUGUUAGUCUGGCAGUUUGCCUCAACUAGAAUUACAUUAUAAUUAAGUAAUAAACAGUUUUAUCACACUUCCUAUAUGUGGCCUUUAGUUUAUGAUUCCCUUUAAAAUGCAUGCUAUACAUGCUGGUUGAUGGAUACUUGUAGGGUAGGUGAGUUCCUCCUCAUAGUAACAAUGGUUUUUUCUAUAACGGUGGUGUGCGGACCAGCUUGCGUGCACCUCGGCUACUCCACCUGGGUACUAUCUUAACCAAAAUAUGUAACGGCCAAAUCUACCCUUCUAGUAUUUUAUUUUGGUCUCUGUUGAGAUUUGAACUCUGAUCUCCAAGGUUUACACAACUCCAUUGACCAUUAAGUUUCAGCCUUGGAUGCUCUGGUAGUAAGUCUUAAGUGUCUAACUCCUGUUGAUUAUUUUCUAUAAAUUCUCUUCCUUGCACUAAUGGCUGCAUGUUCCAUCAUGAACUCAAGCUUAGUAGUUAGCCUAUUUUCACUGGAUAACAUAUAUAUCAAGUUACUAGUUUAAUUUUAUCCUAUCACAAGGAAAAAGGGCCCCAAAUUUUGGUUUCCUAGUUAGUGGCAGCUAAGAUUUUGAGGUAGUGUUUUUCACUUAUAAAAGUUGCAGUGUGAUCUGACCAUUGAGUUUAUGAGUCUGAUGCUGCGCUCACAUACCUGCUUCAGCGCGGUUGCAGAAUUUUGCUGUUCCAUUAUGUUAAUUUCAUAGAUGGUCUUUAUGUUACCUUCUCAAAAAACAAAUUUCAUAGAUGGUCUCAAAUUCCUGUAAAUUAUAAUAAUAUUUGACACUGCUAUUUCUUGGGAAAAAAUUCCUGUAAAUUUUAUUGUGGGUGUAUAGAGUGCUUGUUGGCCUCAUGCAAACUUGGAUCAGAUUAUCGCUGUAAUUCUUUUUAGUUCAUCUGGCUGUGACAUGUAGUUAAAUUUUAGCAGUAAUACGCAUGUUCGUUUUCUAGUUUA